AUGGCAGACAUGCACCUGCUAGAUCAGAUCGGCGGCACUGAGGAGGAGAACGUGGAGUUCAAAAAACUCGAAGUCGAGCUGCUUGAUGAUCCCGACAACUUUGAAACCUGGGAGAAGCUGGUUCGCGCAGCGGAGGGCCUGGAAGGUGGUAUCAAUCGCAAUUCCAACCCCCAGGCCAUUACGACCGUCCGACACACUUAUGACCGAUUUCUUGCCAAGUUCCCUUUGCUGUUCGGAUAUUGGAAGAAAUACGCCGACCUUGAAUUCUCCAUCGCCGGCACCGAAGCCGCUGAAAUGACCUAUGAACGGGGAAUUGCCAGUAUAGGUUCAUCUGUUGACCUUUGGGCCAACUAUUGCGCGUUCAAGGCUGAAACUUCGCACGAAGCCAGCAUCAUUCGAGAGCUCUUCGAACGGGGUGCAAGCAGCGUGGGCCUUGACUUCCUUGCUCAUCCUUUCUGGGACAAGUACAUCGAAUUCGAGGAACGACUUGAUGCCAAUCCAGAGAUUUUUGCCAUUCUAGGACGGGUCAUCCAUAUCCCUAUGCACCAGUAUGCUCGUUACUUCGAGCGUUACCGUCUGAUGGCGCAGACCCUCCCUGUUACUGAGCUCGCCCCCGAGGAGACCAUUGCCGCAUUCCGCGCCGAGCUUGAGGCUGCAUCGGCCCAGCUGGGUCAGCCCCCCAAGGCCGGAGCUGAUUUGGAGCGGGACCUGCGGCUGCGCGUGGACACUUACCACCUGGAAAUCUUUGCAAACACACAAGCUGAAACCACCAAGCGCUGGACCUUCGAGUCUGAGAUCAAGCGUCCUUACUUCCAUGUCACUGAACUUGAUGAAGGUCAACUGUCGAACUGGAAUAAGUAUCUUGACUUUGAGGAAGCGGAGGGCUCAUUCGCCAGGACUCAGUUCUUAUAUGAACGUUGCCUGGUUACUUGUGCCCAUUAUGAUCAAUUCUGGCUCCGCUACGCCCGCUGGAUGGCUGCGCAGCCCGGCAAAGAAGAGGAGGUGCGAAAUAUCUAUCAGCGGGCCGCCUAUCUCUAUGUCCCGAUUGCCAACCCGACAGUGCGACUGCACUAUGCCUACUUCGAAGAGAUGUCAGACCGCGUGGAUGUUGCGAAGGAUAUUCAUCUCGCUAUUCUCAUGAACCUUCCCAGCCAUGUCGAGACUAUCACUUCACUCGCCAAUCUGUGUCGUCGUCACGGGGGUCUCGAGGCAGCAAUUGAAGUCUACAAGAGCCAGUUGGGUUUGGAGCAGUGUGAAAUGGCGUCUAAGGCUGUUCUCGUCUCCGAGUGGGCUCGCCUUCUCUGGAAAAUCAAGGGCAGUCCUGAUGAAGCUCGCAAAGUCUUCCUUGAGAAUCAACAGUACUACUCCAGCAGCCGACCGUUCUGGGCCAGCUAUCUCGCCUUCGAGAUUGAACAGCCUACGAGCGCGGAUACGGAGUCUGUUCAGUACGAACGUAUCAAGCAGGUUAUUGCCGACAUCCGGUCCAAGAGCGCUCUGCAAGACGACGCUGUCAAGGAACUUGUCCAGAUUUACAUGCGGUACCUACUUGAAAGGGGCACCAAGGACACCGCCAAGGAUUACAUGACCUUGGAUCGCGAAAUCCAUGGCCCUUUGUCUGUUGCUUCUGCUCGCGUUGGCGGCACUGCCGCCGUGUAUCCCACCCCUGCUGACGGACAGUUCACUUCGGUUCCUCCCCCGCUACCCACAGAUGCCGUCGCAGCUGCCCAGGGACAAGCGUAUUACCAGCAGACUCCGGUGAACGGUCUCCCUGCAGCUUAG